AAAUCAUCCUAUACCCUACAAGACUGUAGGACCGUCACUAAACAGGGCCGCAAAGAUUAAGGUCCACAAUGACGUGCUCUGAUCCGCUUUGCCAGUGCGACUGAGCCGAUGACCCAUUGCGAUGACCCAUGCGACGAGCCACUAACACCUUCUGAAACGCUUACAUAUUAUUUGCGGAAGGACACGGUCGAAUAAGAACUAUCGCAAACACGAAGGAAGUUGCUUUGUAGGCCAUGAACGAAACACGCUUUCAAUCGCAUACUGUGCUGAGUGGCAACACUGUACAGCUUGCCUACAAAGCGAUGGCUCUUUCCUUACGCAAUAUGGAGCCAUUGCUAUUACUUGUGUCUGGGCUCCUAGGUGUAAGUCUUCCGAGAACAUACAAUUUCAGCGUACAAUGAACCUAACACACAGCCAUUCGUAUAGAUAGGACUCCUGUACAUGUACUAUCUAUGCUUUCACCCCCUCUCGAAGAUACCAGGGCCAACACUAGCCGCAAUAUCUCCGCUAUGGAUGAUGAAAUCCCUGUAUGGCAAGAAGCUGAAUCGAGAUAUCAAAGCGCUUCAUGACCAUUAUGGCGAUGUGGUUCGUGUUGGUCCUAACACCGUCUCGUUCGCUACGGUCGGAGCGCUAUCCUCAGUGCAUCACGAAAAGUCUGGCGGUGACGACGGUACUUUCACCAAAGAGGGCACUAUCGAGUGGCUUCUUGGUCUGAUGACAUGGCCGGCGCAGAACAUUUUGACCAAAACAGAUGUAAAAGGCCACGCUAGACUCCGCAAAGCUGUUCAACCCGCCUUUUCGGCCAAGGAACUCAGAAAGCAGGAGCCGAUCGAACAGGCAUGGAUCACCAAGUUCAAUCACCUUCUAGACGCUGCGGCUAAAGAAAACGCGGAAAUCAACAUCACUGAACAUAUGUCGCACCUUGUCUGGGAUAUGCUGAGUGAUCUCGCAUUUGGAGAGCCCUUAGCACGAAGCCAGCUAGUCAAGUUCAAUAGGCUCAAACGGCUUGCCUGCGCCAUGUCCCCCAUGUUGGAGGUUAUGCAAAGCAUCCUCACAUUUCCACUCGUGGGAGCCUUCACGAGAUGGGUCGUCACCUCAUUCCCACAGGUAUUCCAGCUGCCUCGCGACAUAUUACCGACCGGUACUUUACGCACGUCACGUAGGACCUUAGACCGUACAGAUAGAGGCCAUGACUUCCUCAGCGCUAUCGUUGGCGCCGAAGAAAAGGGCAUCGCGCUCUCUCAAGAGGAACUGCAGAGUAAUGCAGCCAUGCUCGUCAUGGUCGGCCAGGACGCGACUGUCACAUGUCUUUCAUCGACGCUCUACUUCUUGCUGCGAGAUCCACAACACAUGGCUAAUCUAAAGAACGAGGUGCGAGGGCACUUCAAAUCCGAAGAAGAGAUUAACGUUCUAGCAAUUGCCGGGCUUCCACUUCUCAAUGGCUCUAUUAACGAGGCCAUGCGCCUGCUCUCGCCUGCCAACGGUACAGGUACGCAUCGACUUUCCAAUGGAGGUUUUGUAGAGGGCAUCUACAUACCGCCAGGGAUCACGAUUGCUGUGGAUCAGUACACUAUUCAACGUUCACCGAAGUACUGGCGAGAUCCUGAAACGUAUCGACCCGAGCGGUGGGCCAAUGUGGGCGAGCAGGGAUCGGAGUUUGAGAAUGACUUGCAUUCGGCAUACCGGCCUUUUCUAUUGGGUCCAAGGGCCUGUCUGGGGCGCGAGCUCGCGUUACAAAUCGUUCGACUGGUACUUGCACGCCUGGUUUUCUCAUACGACGUAUGCAUGGCAAACAAGAAUUUCGUGUGGGAGAGGGACUGCGAUUCAUCCUACCUCUGGCUUGGACACAAGGUAGUCGUCAAAGUGGAGAAGCGGCAGAGCACCCACUAAUCUAUCCAUCCCUGUAGCGCUUACUACCGCUUUCCGUA